AUACCAUCAUCAUCUCGCAGAAGAUCAGGCCCGUAAGAAGGUGAAAAUAAAUUUCCUAAAUUGAAAUUUCAUUAGCACAAAACGAUAAUCCUUGCCUUCUGCUUAUAAGCUCACUGUGUUGAAAUAGCUUCUUCAUUUUCAAUAAAAAAUGAUGCGUUGAAGAUCUAAUUUCUCCAACCUCAGAAGAAAACUGCUUCACUUUCACAAACCGGCCUCUCGUCUCGAAGGAUCUGAUCGUUCGAGAAAACUAGCAAGAAAUGGAGAAGUCCUGUACUCUUCUUAUUCACUUUGACAAAGGAACACCUGCAAUUGCCAAUGAGAUUAAGGAAGCGCUUGAAGGAAAUGAUGUUCCUGCAAAGAUUGAUGCCAUGAAGAAAGCAAUUAUGCUUUUGUUGAAUGGUGAAACCCUCAUCCAGCUUUUUAUCACCAUUGUUAGAUAUGUUUUGCCUUCGGAGGAUCACACUGUCCAAAAACUGUUGCUUCUAUACUUGGAGAUAAUCGAGAAAACUGAUGCAAAUGGGAGGGUGUUACCUGAAAUGAUCUUGAUAUGCCAAAAUUUGAGGAACAAUCUUCAACAUCCAAAUGAAUAUAUUCGUGGUGUAACCUUGAGGUUUCUCUGUCGCUUGAAUGAGACGGAGAUUAUUGAGCCCCUAAUCCCUUCAGUUUUGCAAAAUCUGGAGCAUCGGCAUCCAUUUAUUCGGAGGAAUGCUAUAUUAGCUGUCAUGUCCAUAUAUAAACUUCCACAAGGUGAGCAGCUCUUGGUUGAUGCACCUGAUAUGAUUGAGAAGGUCCUUUCUACAGAGCAGGAUCCAUCUGCCAAGCGAAAUGCAUUUCUUAUGCUCUUUACUUGCGCACAAGAUCGAGCCAUUAAUUACCUUCUGACCCAUGUUGAUAGGGUUUCUGAAUGGGGUGAAUUGCUUCAGAUGGUUGUGUUGGAGCUGAUUCGUAAGGUUUGCAGAACAAACCGUGGGGAGAAAGGGAAGUAUAUCAAGAUUAUUAUAUCUUUAUUAAAUGCCCCAUCAACUGCAGUUAUUUAUGAGUGUGCUGGCACCCUUGUUUCUCUGUCAUCUGCUCCCACUGCUAUUAGGGCUGCUGCCAACACUUACUGUCAGCUUCUUCUUUCACAAAGUGACAACAAUGUGAAGCUUAUUGUGCUAGAUCGGCUGAAUGAGCUCAAGUCUUCUCAUAGAGAUAUUAUGGUUGAUUUAAUCAUGGAUGUGCUUAGGGCACUUUCGAGCCCAAAUCUUGACAUCCGGAAGAAGACACUCGAUAUUGUUCUUGAGUUGAUAACUCCCCAAAAUAUCAAUGAGGUUGUUCUUAUGUUGAAGAAGGAAGUUGUGAAGACUCAAAGUGGAGAGCUUGAGAAGAAUGGAGAAUACAGACAAAUGCUUAUUCAAGCUAUUCAUUCCUGUGCAAUCAAGUUCCCAGAAGUUGCAAGCAUAAUUUUGCAUCUGCUGAUGGAUUUCUUGGGAGACAGUAAUGUUGCUUCAGCUAUUGAUGUCGUGGUUUUUGUUCGGGAAAUAAUUGAAACCAAUCCUAAACUUAGGGUAUCCAUUAUAACGAGGCUGUUGGACACAUUCUAUCAGAUCCGAGCUGCACGGGUUUGCUUCUGUGCCCUUUGGAUUAUUGGAGAAUAUUGCCUUUCACUGUCUGAAGUUGAGAGUGGCUUAGCAACCAUCAAGCAGUGUCUUGGAGAGCUACCUUUCUACUCUGUUUCUGAGGAAGGAGAAGCUACUGAUGCUUCAAAGAAAACUCCACAAGCUAACUCCAUUACUGUCUCUUCAAGGAGACCAGCUAUUCUUGCUGAUGGUACUUAUGCAACCCAGAGUGCUGCCUCCGAAACUGCUUUCUCCCCUCCUACCAUCGUUCAGGGAUCAUUGGCUUGUGGGAAUCUCAGAUCUCUUCUCCUCUCUGGCGAUUUUUUCCUCGGGGCAGUUGUUGCUUGCACAUUGACUAAACUUGUUCUGAGAUUAGAAGAGGUGCAGCCAUCAAAAAUUGAAGUUAACAAAGCAACCACACGGACAUUGCUGAUCAUGGUCUCUAUGCUGCAAUUAGGACAAUCUCCUGUUCUUCCACACCCAAUUGAUAAUGAUUCUUAUGAUAGGAUUGUUCUGUGCAUGAGAUUGUUGUGCAAUACUGGUGAUGAGAUGAGGAAAAUAUGGUUGCAGUCUUGCCAUCAGAGUUUUGUUAAAAUGCUUUCAGAGAAACAGUUGCGAGAAACUGAGGAAUUAAAGGCAAAGGCUCAAGUUUCUAAUGCACAACCAGAUGACCUUAUUGACUUCUACCAUUUAAAGAGUCGGAAGGGAAUGAGCCAGCUGGAAUUGGAGGAUGAGGUUCAAGAUGAUUUGAAACGUGCAACUGGAGAGUUUGUCAAUGAUGCAGAUGAUGCAAAUAAGCUUAAUCACAUUCUUCAACUGACUGGAUUUAGUGACCCAGUAUAUGCUGAAGCAUAUGUCACUGUCCAUCACUAUGAUAUUGUUCUUGAUGUCAUGGUUAUCAAUCGAACCAAGGAAACUCUUCAGAAUUUGUGCUUAGAGUUGGCAACUAUGGGUGAUCUGAAACUCGUGGAGCAUCCACAAAACUAUAACCUAGGUCCUGAGUCUAGCAAGCAAAUAAAGGCCAACAUCAAGGUGUCUUCAACUGAGACUGGUGUCAUAUUUGGAAACAUUGUUUAUGAGACUUCAAAUGUGCUUGAAAGAACUGUUGUUGUUCUUAAUGACAUUCAUAUUGAUAUCAUGGACUAUAUUUCUCCUGCCGUUUGUACUGAUGCUGCAUUCAGAACUAUGUGGGCAGAAUUUGAGUGGGAAAACAAGGUUGCUGUUAACACUGUAAUUAAAGAUGAGAAGAAAUUCCUUGACCAUGUUAUCAAGUCAACCAACAUGAAAUGUCUCACUGCACCAUCUGCACUAGAUGGUGAAUGUGGAUUCCUGGCAGCAAACUUGUAUGCAAAAAGCGUGUUUGGGGAGGAUGCCUUGGUAAAUGUGAGCAUUGAGAAACAAGCAGAUGGGAAGCUUAGUGGGUACAUCAGGAUAAGGAGCAAGACCCAGGGGAUUGCCCUUAGUCUUGGGGCUAAGAUCACUCUAAAACAAAAGGGAGGCAGUUGAUUUGCAGUAUUUCAACAUCAUUUGUUUCAUCAAUACUGAUAAAUUUCUUUCAUGUUCAAACUUGGAACCAGAAAGUAAAAGCAUUCAAGUAUAACCGAGCACGGUUAAAAACCUUGCCUACUGCAAGAUGAAUUAUGAGGAACUACGCUCAUAUUUAUUUCUGUACGGUAAACUCUGUAGUCGGCAACCAUACUUGGUUUUAUGCCUUGUUAUAAGAGCAUAAAACUCAAAAGCUAGAUGUGAAAACAAGGAUUACUCUUUGUUUCAUCAGAAAAGCACGACUUUUUUGAGUCUUUGAACUCUGCACAGAUUGCAGGCUGAGUGAAUUUGCCUUUGAGUCUCGUAUUUUAUAUGGGCGGAACAAGAAAUCUUGCGCAAGUCGUUUGCGAUGUUCCAGAAAUCUUAGAUGGACAAAACAAGCCAAGCUAUGUUUAGAGCUGCAAUGUGUCGUUUCAAUGCUGUAUAUAAAAAAAAUUCAACUCAGAAUCAUGGUGCGCAAAAAAAAAAAAAAAAUAGUUUCAACAGAUUGAAGAGACCCAUAUUGAUUAGGUUAAACUAUGCAAAUAGCUCUUGUGCUUAUAUGAAAUUUGAACUUUAAUUCUUAUAUAAUAAUAUGUAGAAAUUAGACUUUC